AAACGGUCCGGAAGCCCGCUGUACCACAGUAGGAGAUUUUAUACGAGAUCGAGAACUAAGAAUACGUUGGGACUCACGAACGCAUCGUUAGACAAGAAGUUCGUAUUUAUCAUCCAGUUUCUUCGUGUCCUGAUAGGCCUUAAGAUUUCCUUAGAAGAAUGAAUCAGUACGUUCCUCUGAGUAUAUCGUGCAAGAAACAGUGUAACGUCAAUCGUCGUUACACGCCGUAUGUUCCUCAAAGUAGUUAUACGCCAUCCAUUCCUCAAAGUUAUACACCAUCCGUUUCUCGAGAUAAAACUGUUUCGUGCAAGAAACAACAUGAUGCUUCCGAUAAACCUUGCUACACGCCUCGUAUCAUGAGCAGGAGAUUCGCCCUGACAUCCACUGCAUACAAAUACUUGAAUGUUGGAAUCUGCGUGGUAUCUGGUGCAUCCUAUGUGGAAAUCAUUCUCGGCGACAAUCGCGGAAAUCGGAUGGCGUUAGAUUAUUCAAUAUGGACGGAAUUGAACAAGAAACGCACAGAAAUUGAGCAGCUCUUGAAAACAGCAGAUGCAUCAUCGCCAUCAUCAUCGAUGCAUAUUAACGAUUUAGUUUUAGAACUCGUCACAAUGUACGACGGAAAAAUUGUAAAGCUAACAUUUAACAAUACUUGCAUGUAUAUGAAAGUACCAACUGUAUUAUUUUUAUUCCAGCUCGAACAUUGUGUCGAGCACGUAUAUCGCAAACUGUGUGACAUGUUAGGCGAAAUAGAUCAAAGCUUCGAUCAACUUGUGAGCUGCUUACGUGGCAAUUUGAUCGGUGUCGAAAAAGACGAUGCAGUUAGAAUGCUGCACAACUGGUAUGACAAAUCUUCGGCCAUAGAUUGUGAACUAAUAGCAUAUGUCGUAGAUGAAAUUAUUGCUGAGGCUUUUAAACGAGAUGAGAACGAUAAAUUUAUAAUUGAAAAUAAAAAUUUAUUGUUUGACUAAC